CUCCAUCAGCUCACAUAGUGUCCGGACCUCAUACCGGCAGCCACGGGACUAUCGAUUCUCUUCACGUGCACACCGGAACUAUUCUUCCGCAAUGAAUAGGAUUACUUCUCCUGUGUUUGCGUUGUUUCUCUUAACGGCUGUUGUUCUGGUGAUUGUUUGCUCAGGACACAACCUGGUAAGAAAAAAAAGGGAAUGGAUUCUCCCUGCGAAGUCACUGAAGGAAAAUGUAGACUACACCAGAAAGGAAUUUAUUGCCAAGAUUCGGUCAGAUUUGAAGGAAACUGAGGGACUUCAGUACUCUCUAGAAGGCAUUGGUGCAAAUAAAUCUCCCUUCAAUGUGUUUGUUGUCGACCCUCAUACUGGAUUAAUUCGUGUGACCAGACAACUCGACAGGGAAGAAAUCGAUACAUACAAUCUGUCAGGUAUUGCUACGUACACUAAUGGUGAACAUGCAGAGAAACACAUUGACGUACGAAUCAAAGUUAUCGAUGAGAACGACAACGCUCCAGUGUUUGCAGUCAUGAAGGCCGGGGAGGUAAAAGAGCUCAGUCUUCAAGGGACUUCAGUCAUGAAAAUAACUGCAACUGAUGCUGAUGAACCAGGAAAUAUAAACUCUCAGAUCGCCUAUACCAUCGUAGAUCAGCAACCACCCGGUGACAUGUUUUCCAUUUCCAAAGAUGGGAUCAUACUCGUCAAGAGUUCUGCCCUGGACAGAGAGACAGCGGAUCAGUACACUCUGAUAGUGAAAGGUCAAGACCUGAAUGGUUUACCAGGCGGACACAGUGCAACCAGCACUGUUUUCAUUAAUGUUCAAGAUGUUAAUGACAACCUUCCCACUCUGGAUAAAGAGGAGUAUGAAGGCGGCAUUGAGGAGAACACGGAGGGUGUGGAGGUGAUGAGGAUCAGUGCAAAGGACUUGGAUCUGGAGGCCUCAGAGAACUGGGAAGCCGUGUUUGACAUCGUCAGAGGGAACGAGGCCGGGUACUUCAGCAUCAAAACAGACACCGCGACCAACGAGGGCAUUCUGAUGCUCGACAAGGCUGUCGAUUAUGAGGAUGUGAAGAACCUUGACCUAGGAUUAAUUGUGAAGAACAAGGUUCCAUUAUACGAUGGAUCUACUGGAUUUUCUGGAAUUAAUAUAGAACUAGGUGGAGCAGGAGGAGCAAGUGGUGCUAGUGGUGCCAGUGGUGCCAGUGGUGCCAGUGGUGCCAGUGGUGCCAGUGGUGCCAGUGGUGCCAGUGGUGCAAGUGGAGCCAGUGGUGCAAGUGGUGCCAGUGGUUCCAGUGGGCAAAGUGGUGCCACUGGUGCUACAGGAGGAUCAGGAGGAACCCUUGGAACAUCCGGAACAUUCACGCAAGGUGGUACCACAUACAAAACCUAUCCGAUCAAAAUCAAUGUGAAGAACCAGCCGGAGGGGCCAAGUUUUGACCCCAAAGUCAAAGCUAUUCCCGUCUCAGAGGAAGGCAGCUCCGUCAACAUUAAUGAAGUCAUUACCCGCUACACCGCAAUAGAUGUAGACACUGGGAAAGUUGCUGAGAAUGUCAGGUAUGCCAAAGGCUCAGACCCUGACAACUGGUUUACCAUCGACCCAAAAACAGCUGAUAUCAAACUGAACAAGAUGCCAGAUAGAGAAUCUCCAUACCUGAUCAACGGGACGUAUUAUGCCAAAGUACUCUGCUUUACAGAAGACAUGCCUGCUAAAACAGCCACUGGCACCAUAGCCAUCCAAGUGGAGGAUUUCAACGACCACUGCCCCACCCUUACCAGUCAAAUCCAGACUCUGUGUAUCCCCGAUGAUGCCGUUAUUGUGAAUGCUAAAGAUGAGGAUUUUUCCCCCAACGGAUCUCCUUUUACCUUUGAAAUAAUCCCAGAGGGCACUCAGGGUAAAUGGCAGGUGGAGCACUACAAUGACACUGCAGCCAUCCUGAGGGCUAAGGAGACCCUGUGGCCUGGUUUAUACGAGGUGACUUUUGUGGUGAAUGACCAGCAAGGGCAGGCCUGUCCAGAACCAGAGAAAGUGACGGUUCAAGUGUGCACCUGUGAGGAAGGGGUGAUGUGUGGAGAUCGAGGUAAUACCAAGAAAGGAGCAGAGUUAGGACCCGCUGGAAUCGGACUGCUGUUCCUUGGUCUGCUGCUGCUACCACUUUUUCUUCUGUUGCUGCUCUUCUGCGGAUGUGGGGAGGUCGCAAGCUUUACUGAGAUGCCUUCCGGCACCAAAUCUCAUCUCAUUAACUACCACACUGAGGGCCAGGGCGAGAACACGGAGGUGCCGCUACUGAACAUACCGCCACAAAUGGAUGGAGGAGUUGUGAUUUGUGAAGUCCCAAUUCAGCGAUCAGGACCUGGCAUAUAUCAGGGCUAUUCUUUUCAAGGUGAUAGCAUCGGCUGGGGGAAGAGUAACGUUUCAGGAUUAGGAACUUGGAUUGAGGGUCAAGGAUCACAAGUACAUCAAGGAGAGAACGAUGGAAUGGCUCUGCCAGACCAUUUCCUGAGACAGUACUACAGUCAGAAGGUGACGAGUGAAAACGAAAACCUUGGAGGGAAAGACGCUCUUUCAGUUUAUGACUACGAGGGUGUUGGCUCCCUUGCUGGCUCAGUGGGCUGCUGCAGCCUCCUGGAGUCUGAGAACGACCUGCAGUUUAUUGAUGACCUCGGUAUGAAGUUCAAGACCCUGGCUGAGGUGUGCGGAGGCAAGAAGAUCGAAACUGAGGUCAAACCAGCGUUCAUUUAUCCGCCCAGUGCAUCAAUCCAAACUCCCACCUCAGCUUGCCAGCAGCCAGCCCCUCCACCCAAGCUGCAUCAGACCACAUCUCAGACAGUGAUCAGUGAGACAUCUGGAAGUUCUCAGGUUGUGAAGGAGAGCACGGCCACAGCGAUGGAAGGGAUGACCACGGUGAGAACAGGGAUGAUCCCAGUGAGCACAGGGAUGACCACAGUAAAUGAAGGGAUGGUGAAUCAAGGUCCGAUGAUCUUGCUACAGCAGCAGCCGCAGCCCGUCUACUACACCACCGCCACCCCUGUGCAGAUGCAGUACGUCCUCCAGCCACAGGUUCAGAACACCGUGCUGCUGGCGGAGGCACCAUCCACCAACCUGCAGGGCAUGGUACUGCUCAACGGCUCCCAAACUGGACAUGCCCAAGGCGUGGUGGUUCAGGGACAGACCGUGAUGUCCAGCGGGCGAGCCCAGGGCCAACGCAUGGUGCUGGUGGAGAAGAGCCGGGUCCAUGGAAGUGGUGGAAACCUCAUCCACUCUGGCAACCUCUCUGGCUCCAAGACCAUGAUGGUGGUGGAGGGAAAAGCCCCUAAAGGGACAAUAGAAGGGCUUAAAAGUAGCCAGACCCACUUUAUGCAUGGGGGAACUCUGCAGUCAGGGGGGCUUUCAGGAUCUCUGGUGGUCGGAGAGCAAAGCAACAGAGGGCAGCUGGUCAAGGAAGCAGGAUGUCUGUCCCUGAAAAGAGACAUCUCUGGCUCUCAGAGCAACGUGGUGACUUCCUCUACCACUACAGUGAAAAAACCCCCCACCUACCGCAAGGUGGUGGUACAGGAGACAAGAGAAAUUCACUGAAUGAGAGAUCGUCCGGACAAGAGAGGAUCUUUCCAGUGAGGCCAAUAAGACUGUUCCUCUGGCCUGGUCUAUGUGGUGAUGGGAUGAUUGUGGGACUAAACUAAUGCAAGAGAACUAAUGUGAGACAGUUAAUGGAAAAGGAGCAUGUUUCCUAUAUUCCAUUGCAGACUCCAUUCUAAAACAGAGUCUACCCAAAGAAAAGUCAACAUUGAAGUACAUGAACAAAAACAAAAUAAAUAAACAAAAUGUAAACAAUAAAGUUGAAUGAUAACAAUGCCAAGCUGACCCUCCGAAAAAAUCCCAGCAGACCUGUGAUGACUGUUGCCUUCUUUUUCCGUACCUCUCAGAGACAAAUUAUGUACAUACAGAAUCAUGCUUGUUAUAAUCAGUAAAUCCUUAAGUUGUUUGAUGGUGUUUGUUUUAUGCUGUCAGUUGUUUUGCUCUAAUAAAAAAAGAAAUAAAAAUCCAACGGUUCAAA